CAUGAGGUAUGGUGACAUCUUGCGUGAAACUUGAUCUGUCAAGUCAAGUGGCAAGUGUCAGUUGGUCAGCAGUGACAUUAAUAAUUUGAUUUUAUCUCGGCGUUAGACUAUUGUGUGUAGCGUUAAAUAUUCACAUGGUAAUUUGGAAUGAUUCCUGCUAAAAUAAAAUUAUAAUUUAUGUACGGGGCUUUGUGUCACUGCACUGCAAUGUUUGAUUUUAAUAUUUUAUCGAUAUAAAUAGUUUAUACCUAAUUUAUAUAAAACAAUAAUUGAAGAUUAUAGACAUUUAAUUUGUAUAAGUGGAUGAAUUAAACUUAUUGAUGCAGUACUACUUUGAAGCUGUCUACAUUUACUCUCAAGUAGAUUGAAUCGGAAUUCUGGGAAAAUGUCAAACUGGGUCGGAUAUGCUAUAUCGGUAAAUUGUGGUGAGCCAUUAGGCUGCUACCAAGGAACUAUUUUGGAGGCGGAUGGAAACACAAUUACUUUAACGAAAGCCUUUAGGAAUGGCUUUCCUUACCCAAAGGCACAAGUGACUCUUAAUGCAGCUGACAUUAAAGAUCUGAAGAUAAUUGAGUCCCGGGCCGAACCAGCUGAGCAGACUCAUAGUACAGUGGCCGUUACUAAGGGUGCCAAAAAAGCACAAAGAGCAACAGUUUGUGAAAACUUGCAAGCAAACCCAACAAGUUCAGGUAACCAGCCAGGAAGCAGCAGUAGCACAAGCCAGGGGGGAGGAGGCGGUGCCGGCGGGGGCGCGGGCGGAGGGGCAGGGGGCGCGGGGGGCGCGCGCGCUCCGCGCAGCAAGCCCAUCGACAUCCAGGCGCGCGCCAACAAGAACAACACGCACGCCGGAAGCUACGGUAACCCGAGUUCGACUCCCAAGAGCCGCGGCGGAGGCGGCGGAGGCUUCGGUAACGUAUACGACAAGGCGAGGCGGCGCAACGAGGCCUGCUUCGGCGAGCUCGCCGACCCCGCGCUCGACGACGACUUCGACUUCGAGGGCAACCUCGCACUGUUCAACAAGCGCGCGCUGUGGGAACAGAUCCGUAACUCGCACAAGCCCGACGUAGUGCGGCAGGCCGACGACGUGGGCAAGUUCCGGCACGACGAGAACAUCAUCGGGGGCGCGCCCGCCGCGCCGCGCCGCGCCCUGCGCCUGCCCGACGCGCUGCGCGGGCCCUGCGACUACGUCACCGACACCGGGCUCGUGCUGCCGGCCGCGGCGCCGCGCCUGCGGGCCCGCCUGUGGGCCGCGCUGCAGCGGGCCGGCCUGCGCGGCCAGGCGCACACGCUGCUGGCGCGCGCCGUGGCCGACGUGGCGCUGCGCCUGGUGGGCGGCGGGCGGCGCCUGGACCCGCGCAACGCGCACCAGGCGCCCACCGUGGUGGCGCUGGCCGGGCCGCACGCGGCGGGCGGCGUGGCGCUGCUGGCGGCGCGCCUGCUGGCGUCGCACGGCGCGCGCGCCGCCGCGCUGCUGGCCGCGCCGGCCCCGCAGCCCGAGCCGGCGCUGGCGCGCGAGCUGGCGGCGCUGGCGGCGGCGGGCGUGGCGCUGGCGCGCGAGCCGGGCGAGCUGCCGAGCCCCGACGUGGUGCUGCUGGCGCUGCACGAGCCGCAGCUGGGCGAGGCGCAGGAGCCGUACGCGGGCGCCGUGGCGUGGGCGGCGCGGGCGCGCGGCGCGCUGGUGGGCGUGGAGCCGCCGUGCGGGGGCUGGGCGGGGCUGGCGGCGCGCGCGGCCGUGCUGGGCGGGCUGCCGGCGGCGCUGGCGCCGUCGCUGGGCGCGCAGUACCUGGCGGACGUGUGCGUGCCGGCGGCCAUGUUCGAGGAGCUGGAGGUGGAGUACCGGCCCCCGUUCGGGGCCAGCCCCGUGCUGGCGCUGCACCUGGCCACGGACGCGGACUGACCGAUGGCCAGAACUAUGCGCUCGGUAGUGUGUACCGGCUUGACUGUGACGAACUUGCUCGUGAAGUGUCUUAAUGCUAUUUGACGUGACCGGCCUGGUCCAAAAAGAUAUCUAUCUAACUUUUAAGUACCACGCGCUCUGCGUUACCUUUAAACAAAAAAAUCAAUAUAAAUGACAUACUAUCCGAUGUAUUUUA